AUGAACAAUUACAUUGCGAAUGCCUCCAUCACCAGUUCGAAUGAUGAAUCGCAGAAGAGCGAAUUGCAAAAGGACACUAGAGAAGACAGCCAAAGCAACAACGAGGACUUCGAGAUGGAGGAAGAGGAACGCAACCAAGAAAUCAACAUCCUGGCAAUUGGGAUAGAAAUUGACGCUUGCCGCAAGAAAGCAGCAGAAAAGUUGAUAAAGGUUCUGGAAAACCCCGAGGCUAAACUCGACGAUAUAAGAAAGGCCCAAGAAGAGGUGGCCAACACCAAAGAGCGUUGGGUGGCUUUCUGUGACGCCCAAGAGAUGAUGUCCAGCCCAUCAGCCGUUGAGGUCUUCAGGGCCAAUAUUGAGAAGAAAGCUGGAAAAUACCGAGGCAACAACAAGGCAGACUCCUUUGUUCCCCCCAACCUUCCUGCCUUCCAGCUUCGUGGUGGACCAGUCCAUCAGACCAACAAGGCAGUCCACGACUCCAUUGCCGCGUUUUUGAACGACUUCGAAGUGCAGCUCCGGGCACACAACCUGGAUUUUGAUCAGCACUGGGAACGCUUGUUCUGGCUUACCUGUGAUGAGAGACAACGCGUCUCAUUUGAGAAGACAAGGGCCGGAAGAGGUUUGAAGUGGAAGGAGAUCAAGAAGCAUGAAGUCCACUGCAUGCUGCAAAAGCCAGGAGAGCUCGUCAGAGCAUAUGCGGAAAGAUUCCUGGACAGCGUUCAUGCCACCAACCUCGACAGUAGCGACGAGCUUGUAUGGCUCUUCACCUCCAAGCUGUUGAGACCUGUAAGAGAGAAAGCGUGGCAAACACUUACGCAGCACUACGGCUUGGUUGUUCCCAAGAACAUACACCAAGUCAUACCGUUGAUUGUGGCCACUAGUGGUGAGGAGACAGACUCCCUGUUCCAAGAGGAACGGACCACAAGUGGUACCAAGAGAUACCAAGAAGACAAUCACAAGUACACCGGCAGCAAGAGAGGACGCGGUGAAUUCCGUAGAGAACAACGUGGAAACAAUCACAACAACAGAGGAUCCUGCCCUUUGCAUCCCAAGGGCAGACACAGCAAAGACGAAUGCCACAUACUCAAGAGUAUUACGAGCACGGAGAAUAAGACCUUCACACCACCAGCACCAAGACCAGCACCCCUCUGCCAUUACAGUCAUAAAGUUCCGUACUUCAACGUGCAUAAAUGCCCUGAAUUUCAGUUGGCCAAAGCCAAAAAGCCGGUAUUUGCAAACCGCAGCACAAGAACAGUCAACAGUGAGGAUGUGCUGAAUAGUAGAAUUGAGCUGGACCUGAGCCAACUCAAUCUACAAGCACAAGGUAAACACCUUAACAUUCACCACCUCACUGCACCGUCACAUAACGACGGCUCACUCUAUGUUCCUAUAAUUGUUCAGAGUAGCUGGGUGUGGGCACUGGUGGACCCCGGAGCAAACGCUUCUUUCAUUUCUCCAGACCUUGUCUCCUCUCUCUCUCUACCUAUCACUAAAUGUAGUUCAAAAAAGCAGCACAUUUAUUUAGCGUCAGAGAAUAGCUUAGCGGAACAUUUAGGCACUGUUGAGAACCUUUCAUUAUCUUAUAUGAGUCGUAAACUGAAUCACAACUUCGUAGUAAUGAGUUUAGCCUUAGGCACACAGAUGAGCAUUGGCACAGACUUAAUGCCCAGACUGGGCAUGGCAAUUAGAAACUUAGCAACUACUUGGGACGAUCAAAAAAGUGAUUCAUUGAGAGAAAACACUCCAGAUGAUGGGCCAGAACCUAAUAAAUCUCCUGCUGGCACAUCUGAGGAGCAAAAACAGUUUACGGAAGCUAUAGAACAAUCUAUCAGAUCCAACAAACUUAUUCCUAAAACAUCAUUUUGCACUAUACCAGAAUCUAUCAUCCAUAUCGACACACCAGAAGGCGUAACUUCCUACAGAAGACAAUACCCUUUACCGGUAGUAUAUGAGCCUAGAAUCCAAGAGACUGUAAACACUUGGCUAGCAGAUGAUGAAGUCCAGAAAAUUGGCAAAGAAUACUUUACAGUCGGAGCAGUAGUAGCUCAUAGAGAACUGGCUAAAGGAAAAUACGAGUACAGAGUAAGAUGGGAAGGCUACAAAGAAAAAGACGAUACAUGGCAAACGCCUGAGUCCUUUAGCAGCCCUAAACCUAUUGCGGAUUAUUGGGAUCGACUUGCAAACGCCGCACUACGCAGCCCACACCUACACGCCGAAGCAAACGCUCAAGAUGCUAACGCUCAAUACGCUUACGUACAACACGAUAAUGUUCACGAUGCUAACGCCCGAUGCUAUGCCCAAGAAGCUAACAUGGUCCGUUCAGUCUAA